AUGGACGAAUCAGAUCCGGCCAACGUGCCGGAUAUGUCCCUCUUACCUGAUACUGUACCUGUUGUUGUGUCUGCUGAUGGUUCGGAUGCUGGAAUUCAAUUAUGCCCCGCCUUGAUUCUCGGAAGUCCCCAAGCUCUUCCGGGAGCCACUAAACAUAUCUACAGUAGGCUGGCAGCGGCGGCUUCUGAAGUGGAUCAAGGUGUACCUGAUAUCAUAAUUUCUUUGAUUUCUCAUGGAAAUUCUCUUUCUACAAAAUAUAUGUCAUCAGUGGAAAACGGUCUGAAAUCAUUUCUUAUCGGAUGUGGAACAUGGAUAAUAUCAUCUGGAGAAGUCAAUGAUCCCUUGUCGAGAGUUGCAUCUGGAGCCUUGAAAAACGUGUUACCACAGCUGGAACAUCAAGCAGAAGUUCUUCAUAUUCUUGUUAACUCAGAUGACGUCAUUGCUUCUGACUCGACGACUUCAAAAAGUGUCGUUGAUACUUCUUUGAAUACUCUGAUGCUUAUUUGUCGGAAAGAGGCGAAUGAUUCAUCCGAGACUAUAGCAGCGUCUAUCGCUAAACUGAGAGCAGCAACUGCAGUGAAACUAGCUCAUCCUCCGCCAGCUCUUCUGAUCGGUGUCCCAUCUGAACCAAUGAGUCCGUCGACAUACGGAAAUUCGGCGGCCAUUCUGCUAUCUCCGUCCAAUGAUAAAAGACCGUUUCCGGUUGCUGUUUUCGCUGGAGCCUCCAAAGAAUCCCUCAUCGAACUUCUUUUCUUUGUGGAACAUGGGAUUCCUGUUGUCAUCCUCCAAGACAGUUGUGAACUUUGUGCAAUUCUUCAUUCGAGUCAUUUGCUUCUGGAAACUUCUAAUUUUGAUAAUGACAAGUUUGUCAGCUGGCUCCGAUCUCAACUAUAUCCACUUGGACUAGCAGAUUGCUAUACAUUGAUCACAAAACUCUUGAUUUCAUCAACUUCUGGAGACGUACAACUUAUUGAAUUCAUUGAUUCAUCUCAACUUUCUGAAUUGUCAUCUGUAAUUGUGGAUAGAUGUCUGGAGUGUUAUGCAACCACAGGAGAAGAGAGACAAGUACUUCUUCUAGCUGCUAAACUCAACUGUCCAUCCGUACUCUCUUCAAUGGAUGUGGCUGCUCAACUAGACGAGGAAUUACUCACAAUGAUCCUAUGUGAAUGUAUCACUAAAGACGAUCAAUUGCACUUCCUAUCGUCUGUACUCCAGCUGAAUCCCCCGAUUCGAGUAACUUCAAAUAUGCUAAUUCGAAUGAUGUAUCACGCGGACGAGCACUUUUUCACUACAAUUGUUCUUUGUCAAUCGAUGGGUUACUCUUAUAUUCCAUCUGAAAUCGAUCCAAGAUUUGCAAAUGAUAUUCAGAAAUUGGUAAAGAAGCUUUCAUUUGGAGUAAAUAAUCUAUUUGAUCCUAACGUCUUCUGCAAUGAUUCUUCUCAUCGCGAUAAACAUGAAUCCAUCAAAAUCCUAGCAAUUUGGAGUCUCCUUCUGCAUAGACCUGGAAUCGUGAAGUGUCUCGCUGCAUUUGCUGAUGAGCCUGUAGCAUUCUCAAUGGUUUUGUCAAGAAUUUCGAGGUCUCUAGCUCACGAGAGUCACGAUUGGCAUUUCUAUGAAAAAUCAUUGAACGAGUUGUCCGAUUCUCUUUCCGCUUCAGCAACACAACUUUUUGAUACGGUUUUCACCUCCUCCCCAGCCAAAGCCUACCAACUUCUCUGCCAACCAAUGGAACAUUUCUACGAGUUUAAUAUCACCCAGCUAGCUUAUCACUGUAACGCCCGUGACAUCAUCGCCCAUGAAUGCUGCCAACGAUGGGUUCAUCGGAAACUUUACGGGAACUUACAAGCGAAAAACUUUCCGACAUUCAUUCCGAAAUGGGCCAAGUUUUGUAUCUCAGCUAUUCUCGUUAUUCCUGUGAAGUUUUGGAUGCUGGUUCGUCCCAGGGAUCGAACGAAACAAGAUAAUUCGAUAUCUCCAACAGUUGCUCUGUUGGAUGUGGGAAAGUUUCCACAGAAACAAAGAGCCAUUUCUACUUAUAGUGUGAUCUCAUCAAGAAGUGAAGCUUUAACUGCACUAACUGCUCCACUUUCAACAGCAUUUGGAUUCAAUUCUGCUCUCGGAGGAGCUGAGUCAGCAACUCCUCAAUCGAUGGUUUUCCCGUUGAAUAUCGAAGAAAUUGAAAAAGAUUCAAGACCUUUCGGAAAGAAGAAUCGAAUCCGUCGUGCUCAUGCUCCAACUCUCUCCACAUUCUACUCAACUCCAAUUGUAAAAUACUGGUUGUCUCUCUUAUUUCGAAUAAUUUAUAUUUGUUGUCUAGCUUAUUCAGUAGUCCUCCCAGGAUGCGGUUCCAAUGUUUGGGAUACUGGAUUAUGGGUUUGGUCGUUUAUUUGGUGGAUUGAGAGUCUGUAUGUACUGACUGCAAGAACAAGAAAGAUACCGCUGUUAGCGAUGCCUUGGAGGACUUUCGAUGUGUUCACUUUCGGAAUAUUCUUGAUUCUUUUAUUGAUGAUGAAAGUGUUGCCAGCUGAGCAGUUAUUGGAAUAUGUGGGAAUCACAUCGACAUACCCUGCCAAAGUGGUCUCAGCUUUCUUCGUUCUCUAUGUCUCCUACUCCACUCUAUUCACUUACAUCCCCUUAUCUGAUAUCUUCGGUCCGAUGAUCGUCCGUGUCAAAUUGAUGCUUCUCCGUGAUUUCACCAACUUUCUCUGCCUUGUUGCUCUUGUUAUGUUGAGUAGUGGAGUCGCGAUUCAAGCUGUUGUCUUCCCUGAUAGACCAGUUACUAUUGAAGUUCUCAAGAAGACAAUGUCAUGGAUUUGGCUCAGUUUAUUCACUACCGACCUAUCGAACCUCAACGAAUCAGAUACAUGUCGAAAAUCAUUCAUCGGAGCACCACAAAGAUACUGUACAUCAGUGGGACAAUAUGCUAACAAUUCCUGCCCAGCACAAUCUCUGCCAGCCUAUUUGAUCAUCAUCGAACUCCGCCCACCUCUUCCUCCUCCACUCACAAUUCUCUGUCUGAUUUGUUCUGCUUGUUGUCGAUUUACCAACUCUUUCACUGGAUUCUUCUCUGAUUUUGACCAUCCUGAUUUCGAACAAAGAGACAAAAAUCGAACGACAUGGAGAUUCGGAUCAAUCUACCGUAACCCGUCUGUUCCAUUCAAAAAGAAUGAUUUCGUGAACUCAUUUUGGAGGAAAUUAUCAAUGGAACAGUGGAGAAACACGGAACAAAAACCGAAAACAACAACUACGAACAAGUCAGAACUUCAAGAACUUCAUAAUAUUCAUAACCAUAUCAGAAUGAUGACUUUACGCGAUUCUUAUGAGAAAUCUGGAACCCGAAAAGCCUCUGAGCUGCAAUUCUUCGAAAAAUAUCCGGAAAGUUCAAUUAUGAAAAUAAGUGUAAACUUGGUUUCGAAGCCAUGGGCGGUGCUUGUUCCAAGAUACAAUCCUCCGUUCUAUUGUAAACCUUCUGAAGAUUUCACAGGAGAUGUUCAGAAAUAUGUAGAUGUUGCAACUGAGCAGAAUGUGGGUGAAUUGAAACGAAUCUGGAGAAGUCGACAAGCCAACGACGUAACGAGUAAUAGUGAAAAGUGUUGGAGACUCUCGGCAGCCGGAUUCCCAUUGAAUCCAAACGGAAGAACUGGAAUGGCUGGAAGAGGAAAUCACCCUAGAUUCGGAGCGAAUAGAAGAUGUUAUUAUAUUGUGUUGAGUGGUGGAGUUGAAGGACAAUGUCAAGUUUUAGUGGAUAGUCAGAAGAAUGUUCCGAAUGAAUGGCAUUUGGAGAACUCGUCGAAGGAUGAACAUUUAACUUCGAUUCUCAAAAUGAUCGGAGUUUCGGAUUCUGAUGCACAUAUGUUCUCGAUGCGCCGUCUUGACAGUACCAUUGUCACUGCUGACAAGCGUAUUCCAUCCAAUGAUACAAGCCCGGCACAUUUGGCAUCAGAAGUCGCAGAAAACGAAAAUGAUACAGACAACGCGUGGACUGAACAUGAUGUAUGGGCGAUUUCCUUGAGAGAACGACGAAUUUUAACGUCAAUCAUCGGAUAUUCAUGGCUUCCGACGAGUGCGAUACGAGGAACAAUUCUUCCAUGGCAAGCAGAUCUUGUUUUCAGAGCAAAAACUAUUUACGGGUUGUAA